UACAUUUAUGUAGAAGUUUAUACUUAAAAGGUUCGCAGGUUUUGUUUAACAAUGAACACAUUAAAUAAGAAACAAUGGAAAUACAUCAAUGAAGGAAAUGUACAUAUUGUGUUGCAAAUAUUGGAUACAUGUAAAGUUAUUCGGCUUAUUAAAGACGAACAAAGGAACGUAGAUAUUACGACAUAUAUUAACUCUAUUGAGUUUGUUAAUAUUUUAAUGUUGCCUUUGGUGUGUAAAGGUCAUGCUUAUAAGGAAGAAAUACUUUGUUUGUCAAAUCAUGAAAUUACAGAACUCACUACAACACUUCUUCAAAUUAGACCUAAGCACAGAAUACAUAAAAUGUCCAUAAGCCAGUUUGCACUGAGUGCUCCCAAUUUGACAAUAUUGGAGCCCACAAUUACUAACUAUUGUGUAGAAAUUAAAACAAAAGAAGGAUUUUUAGCUAAAACUUUAGAAGAGUAUUCUAGAUGUUACUAUUGUAUGAAACAAUUUCUCAAACUAUGUGACAAACAAAUUGAUAAGAUAAGCAAAUACUGCCCUUUAAAUCUAUAUUCAGGUGAUAGAAAAAGGAUGAAGGUGGCAUUGGUAAACUUAGUUGAGAAUCCACAAAAUAAUUUUAAAAUGUUUAAAAAUAGUGAAAUCAUCUAUAGUGAAAAUUCAAGUAUAGAAUUUGAACAGAUAAUCAGUACGACAAUUUUAAAUUCUACCAAUGUUUUUUUUGACUUAAUUAUUAACAUACUAUUAAGUGAUGGGGAAUCAGAUAUAGUAUUGAAUGAAACUACUGGAGUUAUCCCAGAAACAUCACAUAAAUGCAAUAAAAAACAAGAUUUGCCUCCAAAUUCAUUUCUCUAUAAUCUUGUUGAAAUACAGUCACUUUCCAACAACUUAAAUAUUGACUAUACAGCUAUAGAUGACAUAAAUAUUUCUGACUUAAUAAAAAAAGUUAAGGACAAAAAUUACAACCUAAGAAAUUCUAUAGAUAGAAAAGAAUUUAUUAAUAGUGUUGACCCUCUUCACUUAGCUUUAAUAUCUGCUGUAGCUAAAGAUUGUUCAGUCAUGAUAACAUUUACUGAACAAAAUUGUGAAGGGUACCCAAUUAUACAAUUUGGAGACAAAAAAAUGUCAUACAGAAUAGUAGUAACUGAUUUGGAGCCAAAAACAGUGAAAAGUAUUAUCAAAAGGAAGGAUACAGAGAAAAAACUGCAACAACUAAUAAAGAAGCAAAACAAUAAUGCUGCAAAUGCAGAUUGCUCAUAAAAACUAAAAAAAAAAACAAAACAAUAUUUUGCCUAAAAGUCAGUUGUAGGAGAAAUCCAUAUAUAAAUUAUUCUGCCAAACAGCAACUGUAAUAAUUUGCCUGCUG